GCCGGCGGUGUUGUUUGUGUUGUGGGUGUGUGCGCAGCGCUAGCCGCUGCCUAGCAGUCUCUUUUAUUGUGUGCGCGGUCCCCGUCUUGCCUGGGUCAGCGGCUCUCGGGGCGCGUCUCUUCCCGUCUUAUCUUCUUGUGCGCUUCCGCAGAGUGAUUUGUCCGCGCCCCUUGUCCGCUGAGGGGGGGCGUCCCCCCAGCCCGCGCCCUUUUUCUCCCCGCUCCUGGCCGGGGGCUUGCGGCGCUUCCUUCUGGAUGCGUCCCCGCAGCCCCGGGCGGGAGGCGGCCAGGGGGAAGCGCUGCCUCCGAGGAUUUACCGCUGCCUGGGACUCGGACCCGCUCCUUCCCCGCGGGCGCACCCGGCGCCCCGGCUCCGCUGCCGCUCCGGGCCGCUGCCAUGGACGAGAAGUACCUGCCCGAGCUGAUGGCGGAGAAGGACUCGCUGGACCCGUCCUUCACCCACGCCUUGCGGCUGGUCAACCAAGAAAUUGAAAAAUUCCAAAAAGGGGAAGGAAAGGAAGAAGAAAAGUAUAUUGAUGUAGUCAUCAAUAAGAAUAUGAAGUUGGGACAGAAAGUUCUCAUUCCAGUAAAACAAUUCCCUAAGUUCAACUUUGUGGGAAAACUUUUGGGUCCACGUGGUAAUUCUCUAAAGCGUUUACAGGAAGAAACACUGACAAAAAUGUCUAUUUUGGGAAAAGGUUCUAUGAGGGACAAGACAAAGGAGGAAGAGUUGAGAAAAAGUGGAGAGGCAAAAUAUUUCCACCUAAAUGAUGACCUACAUGUUUUAAUUGAAGUGUUUGCUCCACCUGCAGAAGCAUAUGCCAGAAUGGGACAUGCAUUGGAAGAAAUCAAGAAGUUCCUCAUCCCUGACUACAAUGAUGAAAUCAGACAGGCACAGCUUCAAGAAUUAACAUAUUUAAAUGGUGGCUCAGAAACUGCGGAAGUUCCAGUUGUCCGUGGAAAAGCAUCGAUGCGAGCAAGAGGAGUACCUGUUCCUGCUUUAUCCAGGGGCCGUGGGGGAGUGCCUCCACCACCAGCAGGAGUGCCCAGAGGGGCACCAGCUCCCAGGGGAGUCCCUCCCAGCAGAGGACCAGUCAGUCGGAGCCGGGGACUUCUGGCACCCAGAGCACGAGGAGUUCCUCCCCCAGCAGGGUACCGGCCCCUGCCGCCGCCCCCGGCACAGGAGACCUACGGGGAAUAUGAAUAUGAUGAUGGCUAUGGAGCUGCUUAUGAUGAACAAAGCUAUGAUUCCUAUGAUAACAGCUAUAGCACUCAAGCACAAAGUGGAGCAGAUUACUACGACUAUGGCCAUGGACUGAGUGAAGACACCUACGACUCCUACGGGCAAGAAGAGUGGACCAACUCACGGCACAAGACACCUUCUGCAAGGACAACAAAAGGAGUCUACAGAGACCAGCCAUAUGCCAGAUACUGAUUGUACUGUCUGAUGUUGUGAAAUAUCCAAUCUCCACCAGUCCUGUAUACUGUUCAAAGUAAUUUUUUCUAUGAACAAUCCCUUUUUAUUAACUCAAAGUGCAUAAAAAAUCUGAAUGGAUGGACUGAACUUAAAACAUUUUGUUGAAAGAACAACCUGGACAGAAAGAUAUGUAAAACAAGGAACUUUGUUAUUUCCAAACUGUGUUUGAAAAAAUAGGUGAUCAAAAAAAUAACCUUUGAUUAACUAGUGUUAAACAAAAACUAGGUUUACUAAAUACGUUAGUCCAUUCUUUUUAACAUAAGUGUAACCUUUUAUUUUAAAGGUUUUCAACAAUUUAGUUUUUAGCUUUUAUUUUGAGCCAUUUGCUAGAUUUUCUCUUUGCAAACAUGCGUAAAAAGGGAAGCCAACUACAAAUGCGAAUAAUGUGGUAUUUUGUAACUCAAGUCUUGAAAUGUUCUGUAGUGUUAAGCAAAGUUUUACCCUUGCUUGAUACUAAAUAAACUUUUGAAAGAAAAAUCAGUGUGUGUGAGAUUAAUUUUAUGCUUUAUCUUAUAAUAAAACUUCAUAAAUAGUAGUAAACAGGGAGAAAUGUUUAACAGUGAUCAGCAUAAAAGGCUCAUAUUAAACAUGGUGCAACUUCUUUUUAAACAAAAUGGUUUAAACCUAAAUGUAUCUCUCUAUAUACUCACAGUAGAUAUAAAUGCUGUUUAAAAUAUCCAAAUGGUAUGGAUCUGCUUGAGUGCCACAUUAAAUCAAAAUACUUUUGUUUAAAAAUGGUUUAAAAUAGCUAAUGAAUUUUCUGGAAAAAGAUGUGACUAGUUUUCACCUUGUUGAGCAUUUUUUCACUAGUGCAACUUUGGAAUUUUUAUGAGAAUUUUGGUACGUUAAUGACCACCUCGCUCCGUGCUGGAAGCAAUAAACACAAAGCUUUUAAAGAC